AUGCCGCCCCGCGCCGAAUCACUCUCCUGCGGGCAUUGCGGGGAGACGUUCCAGCGCAAGGAGCACCGCAACCGCCAUCUGCUCCGGCACUCCGGCGCGAAGCCGUUUCACUGUAGCGCGUGCUCCAAAGCGUUCCCGCGAAGGGACUCUCUGCUCCGCCACUGGGGGACGCAUCACGCUCAUGCCGACUGGCCCGAGCAUCCGCGACGCGCUCAGCUGGCAUGCGUGCGCUGUGCCAGGCUGAAGCAGCGCUGCGACGGCGGACUGCCCUGUUCCCGAUGUGUCCGGCGGGGUCAUGGCUGCGAGUACCGGCGGGGCGGGCCGUCCGGCGAGGCCGGUGCCGCAUUGGUCACUCCCCCGGCCGUCGUGGAUGACGACUCGGAUGGAGGCCAGACUCGUGAUGACUGUCAGACGGAGGAACCCCGCGCAGAGAACGCUGAUGUGAACGCGCACCCGGUUCUAAACUCUCCUCGGCGAGUGUUGCAGUAUUCGGAUUCAUCGUCGGUGGUGGCUCAUGCCCCUACGCCUUCGUCGGGUGAUUUACUGGGCGUGUCAACUGGCCUCGAUCCGCCCACCUCUUCCUCCACGCUUGAUGGACUGGCCUGGGGUUCGGAUUCGUGGUCCUUCGGACUUGGCGGUCACGACCCUUGGACGCUGGGGUUAGACCUGGUAGACCCGAUGAUCAUGGGAUUCCCGUUCUUGUCGACAGCCACAGAGCUGGGGAUGUUCGGCCACCACCAGGUCGGCAUCUCUAGUUUCGAACCCACCGGCCAAUGGUACCAACCGCAAGAUGGCGGUGGGCCAGCUUCAAUCCACAUGUCGAUUCAAACCGAAGAUAGCUCUGGGAGCCCGGCUUCCCACCCCCAUCCACACCGCCAGCAGCUUGGGGACCGCCGCCAGAGCCCCGCGCACAAGAGGGCGCCUUGUCCGGAGUUUCCCGCCGCUUCUCCGGAUCAACUCUACGUAGCUGAGGCCGAGCUCUUUGGUCACAUCUAUCGGGUUCCCGGCCGCGCCAUUGAAGACAUACGCGCCUUCUACUACCGCGAGCGGGAGUGCGAUUCGUGCCGGUUCAUCAGCACCGAGCUCCUCCACGCCUUCGUCGAGCUCUACCUGGAAUACUUCGAUCCCAAGUUUCCGUUCCUGCACCCUUCCAGGCUGAGAGACGACAACUUGCCGUGGAUCCUGCUCACCGCCGUCGCGGCUGUGGGGAGCCAAUACUCCGAGGUCCGGGAUGCCUGCGAAUACGGGUUGGUGUUGCGAGAGCUGCUGGACAGGGCGAUCAAGAUUCACAUUCCGCCACGAUCAAAGUGGACCGGCCCCUUUCUCCCGCAGAGUCUCUUUCUGCGCCACGUCCUCCACUUCUUCGCCGGUACCAAGAUGGGCCUCGUCACGUCGCAGUUUGAGAGAAGCGCGCUCGUCAGCGGGCUGCGCGCCUUGACAUCGCACCACGAGCGGGGCGAAUGCGUUGACCGUGCGGUCACUCAAAAGCCACAUGACGAAUGGCAAGCGUGGCUGUCGGCGGAGUCAAAUAGACGCCUCAUAUAUUGCGUGCACGCGUUGGAAUGUCUCGGCUACGUCUUCUUGGACCAGCCACCCCUCUUCAACAUCACCGACUUCGUUCACGAGCCACCUUGCGACCCCGCACUCUGGCAAUGUCAGAGCGCUGAAGAGUGGCGGAGUAAAUUUACUGGCGGCUCGGGCACGGCUGCUCGUCAGCGUGUCCUCGAUCCAGUCCGCGACUCGCGUGAGGACUCCCUACUCGGGGUCACUGCCACCUCGUCACCACCGGAUCACUUUAGACGGAGGAUCCGCGUGCUGGAACUUUACGUAGAUGACCGGCUGCGCAGCCGUCAAUCGCGUUCGUCGAGGAUGUUACGGUCGAUAUUUUCGAAUCCAGGCGAGCCGGACGAUGAACGCGCUGGGCCCCUGCCGCCAUCAAGCGUACCCCUGUCGCCCAGGGAUUCUCCGGACGAGAGAUCGUUCGUAGAUGAAACCAUCGACACGGAGGCGUACACCCAUCUUGGUAGCCGACACCCAACAACAGACCUGGUUGUCCACGUACUAGCCAUCUUGAGGCUCGUCCCACUCGCGACGCUAUACCGUGCCACCGGCUGGCAAACGGACCAGGCCGGGAUGGCAAGGGCAAAAGCGCACAUGGGGCGGUUCUUCCACCGCGACCGCGCCGGGGCACGCAAGUGUCUCUGGCACGCGGCCGUCAUCUUCUCCGAGCUCCGCAACGCCCGGCGCUUUGCCUGCUACGACGCCCUAAAUCUGUGCGUCUCCGUGUGCUACAUCUGGCUGUACGCGCAUCUCGCUCCAGGGCCGCCGCGGGAUCGGGAUCGGGAUCGAUCGCAGCAGCCCGAGGGAGCGAGUCCGAGCGCGCCGCAGCAGCGAGGCACGGUGAUAGGGCUGGACAAGCUGGCGGAGAGGCGGGACGUGGAGAAGUGGAUAGCGUCCGGCGCCGAGGCGGAAAUCUAUAUCACGGGUGUUGGUCGCCUGCGAGGCCCCAACAGCCAGGCGAUCCUCCUCGGCGAUGCCACGAAGACCUUGAUGAACCAGGCCGCCUGGCGGCCGUUAUGCCGAGGUCUGGCAAGAGCCUUUACGCAGCUGAAGCGUGGCGAACUUCCGGACCUGGGUCCAGAGGAAGGUGGAGAGAACUGA